GCCUGUCUUCUUUUGCAUCUGGCUACCCAAAAUGUUGCUCUGUCUCCAAAACCACGUAUGUGAGAUCGCACUGCUUUAAAGUGGGUUCACUAAUAACCACAGAGUUAUGGUUUGCCAUGCCCAAGUGCAGACAAGCAAGCCCUCCACACACAAACCUGCACUGAAGGAGAGGGAAGAUGGAUGCAUGCCGUUCUAAUUAUGGGCAACCAGCCAAAACUCUGUGGUACGACCGCCCACGGUGGAUAUUCCUGGAGUUCUGUGUGGAGGACAGCACAGACGUGAAAGUCGAUCUUGACGAUUACAAAGUUGUGUUCAGUUGCAAGAACGCAGAUGGUGUAGAGUUGUACAACGAGAUUACCUUUUAUGCCCGGGUUAAUUCUAAGAGGCUGCCAACAAGUGGAGGCAACAGAGAGGUUGGCACAUGGCUUGUUCCUUACAUUUCACAGAACGAUUCCCAGAACAAGCGGUCAGGCAGGUCCAUCACCCUCUUUGCACGCAAGUGGAAGGAAAAAGUCGCUUGGCCACGUCUCACCAAGGAGGACUUUAAGCCAGCAUGGCUCUCAGUGGACUUCGAUAACUGGCGCGACUGGGAAGGAGACGAGGAAGUGGAGGCAGCCAUGGUUGAGCACUAUGCGGAGCUCAUGCAGAAGGUCACCAAGAAAGGCCCUCCUCCUGCCAUGGAUGACCUUGAUGAUGACAUCUGAAAAGCGCAAGACUCAAAGGUACAAAAGCAAUGCUGGGAUUGAACAAGAAGUAGGCGAGAGACAAAGUCGUGGAGCAAGUUGAAUUGAUGGACUGUGAUUCCCCCGGGAUUUUCAUUCUUUUCACUUUUGCUCCCAAGAGAUUGCAUGACGGCUGCGAACCGUAGACUGGGACUCUCUCCUCCAAGACUCUCAUUAAUAGAUGGGCAAUACCACCUCUCCAACCUCUCUGACCUACAGCUCCCUCCAUCCCCUUUUCAUGUCCUCAGCUUCUCUCUGUAGAGUUUAUUGUUCCUUAAACAUGUUGUAUAUAAAGGUUCAAAGCUAUUCAAAUCUCUGCCAAUAAACACUGGUAACAGUUUUGAGCUUUU